CAUAUGGCAAAUUCUUAACCAAACCUAUCUUCACAGAUUCACAUCUCUCAUAGUGUUCAUACAAGUGAAAAUCAUGAGUCUCUUCCCUCUCUCCGCUCUCACAACCUCUCAACUUCAUCAUCCUACCAACCCCAUGACUGCAUCAUCAUCAUCGGAUGCAAGAGGCGACCAGAUCCUCGUCGAUACGGUCGAGGACAGGAUCAGUGAACUCCCAGACGACGUCUUGGUCAGGAUCCUAAAGGAUAUGACCACAGAAGAUGUUGUCAAGACAAGUGUGUUGUCUCAGAGAUGGAAGGAUGUUUGGAAAAAAGUCCCAUACCUCAUCUUCGAUAUGCAAAAAGCUACCAUACCCAACAAUAUGGAACCUCUGGUCGUUCAUUCUGAUCGUGUUGCCGAUUCCAUUACCGAGGUUAUAAACAAUCACAAAGGUCAUCUGGCGGGCUGCACAAUCAGACAUUAUUACCACCAAUGUCAUGACGGUGUGCUCGAAACUUGGAUUCGAUUACUUACUCUUCAGAAACAGACAAGGGCUCUCUCACUUUCAAACCUUCAUGCUAAUGGUAGAGGACUCAAUCUACUCGAGUUGUCCCCAAACGCAUUCUCACAUCCAAUGCUCGUAUCACUCUUCCUAUCCCUAUACGACAUAGAAACUCCACAUGCCUUCAACCAAUGCCAUAACCUCAUGAUUCUCAAGCUUGAUAGCAUAUUUGCUGAGGUUGAUGUGCUAAACACAGUUAUUGCAUCGUGCCCCUCUCUCAAGGUGCUGGUGCUUCAUGUAUUGUGGUACAAUGCAAGGGCUUGCUUGAAGAUUAGGAACAAUAACCUAAAACUCUUGCAUGUGGCUUCCACUUUUGUCGAUUGCAUUGAAGUGUCUGCAGCUCUUCUGGAUAUUUUUUCCAUUGACUAUAUCUUUGAUGGGGAAUACAACUUCGUCAUCGAUGCCCCUAGACUUUUGUUUACUACAAACAUGGAGAGAUUACCAUCCUUGAACUAUAAUAUUUCAUGUGAUGCUCAGGAGAUGGAAAACUUUGGGAAUAAGUUCUUGCUGAGUAGAGAUGCUAACUAUUUUCGUCGGCUUAAAUGUUUGGCGGUGGCCGUGAAUGUAAUGAACUGGAAAGAAGUUGAAAUGUUAAGGGAUGUUCUUGUUUCAUGGAAUGGAAUAAUGAGAGAGCUCGAUAUAUUAUUCAAGGAUAAGGAAGAAGGUGAAACGUCGAUUGAUGGAGCACAAGAGACAAUGUGGGAGGAAAACUUGUUUCCCAAUGCUGAUUUCCGCGUGAAAGUUGUGUGGAUGUUUAAUUUCAGCGGGUCGAAUGAGAAACAGUUUGAGUUAGCUUCGCGUUUUAUAACGCAAGGGACCGUAAUGAAGAAGAUGAUGAUCAUGUCGUCUUCGGUUCCUGCAAAGGAGAAGUUAGAUAUUGAAGCGGCAGUCGCCAAGCUAAUGAAACUUCCAAAGGGUAACAAGAAGCUCCAUAUUGGAUGCUUUUGAUGGAAAUUUGGUUCCAAUCUAUAUAGUUCUAUAUAUUCUGAUAUAAAAACAUAAACCAUGAUGUUUUCUUCUCCCUUUCUUUAGUUACAUUUUCUUUUAUGAUAAAAAUUAUAUGUUGGCUAAGUUUUAAUUUGCUUUUAAGUUUAAUUGACAAAAUACCA